CAUACAGGCCAACCAAGGAUUAACGUCACAGCACGCAGGACCACACGGGUACGGUUAGAAAGAGAGAAGGAAAACACCAUGAAACAUGGGGUAUGAGGGAGAGGAGGAAAGAGCGCAGCAGAGGAUGAGAGACAAUGAGGAAAGAGCGCAGCAGAGGAUGAGAGACAAUGAGGAAAGAGCGCAGCAGAGGAUGAGAGACAAUGAGGAAAGAGCGCAGCAGAGGAUGAGAGACAAUGAGGAAAGAGCGCAGCAGAGGAUGAGAGACAAUGAGGAAAGAGCGCAGCAGAGGAUGAGAGACAAUGAGGUAAGAGCGCAGCAGAGGAUGAGAGACAAUGAGGUAAGAGCGCAGCAGAGGAUGAGAGACAAUGAGGAAAGAGCGCAGCAGAGGAUGAGAGACAAUGAGGAAAGAGCGCAGCAGAGGAUGAGAGACAAUGAGGAAAGAGCGCAGCAGAGGAUGAGAGACAAUGAGGAAAGAGCGCAGCAGAGGAUGAGAGACAAUGAGGAAAGAGCGCAGCAGAGGAUGAGAGACAAUGAGGAAAGAGCGCAGCAGAGGAUGAGAGACAAUGAGGAAAGAGCGCAGCAGAGGAUGAGAGACAAUGAGGUAAGAGCGCAGCAGAGGAUGAGAGACAAUGAGGAAAGAGCGCAGCAGAGGAUGAGAGACAAUGAGGAAAGAGCGCAGCAGAAGAAGAGAGACAAUGAGGAAAGAGCGCAGCAGAGGAUGAGAGACAAUGAGGAAAGAGCGCAGCAGAGGAUGAGAGACAAUGAGGAAAGAGCGCAGCAGAGGAUGAGAGACAAUGAGGAAAGAGCGCAGCAGAGGAUGAGAGACAAUGAGGUAAGAGCGCAGCAGAGGAUGAGAGACAAUGAGGAAAGAGCGCAGCAGAGGAUGAGAGACAAUGAGGAAAGAGCGCAGCAGAGGAUGAGAGACAAUGAGGAAAGAGCGCAGCAGAGGAUGAGAGACAAUGAGGAAAGAGCGCAGCAGAGGAUGAGAGACAAUGAGGAAAGAGCGCAGCAGAGGAUGAGAGACAAUGAGGUAAGAGCGCAGCAGAGGAUGAGAGACAAUGAGGUAAGAGCGCAGCAGAAGAAGAGAGACAAUGAGGUAAGAGCGCAGCAGAAGAAGAGAGACAAUGAGGUAAGAGCGCAGCAGAAGAAGAGAGACAAUGAGGUAAGAGCGCAGCAGAGGAUGAGAGACAAUGAGGAAAGAGCGCAGCAGAGGAUGAGAGACAAUGAGGAAAGAGCGCAGCAGAGCAUGAGAGACAAUGAGGAAAGAGCGCAGCAGAGGAUGAGAGACAAUGAGGAAAGAGCGCAGCAGAAGAAGAGAGACAAUGAGGUAAGAGCGCAGCAGAGGAUGAGAGACAAUGAGGAUAGAGCGCAGCAGAGGAUGAGAGACAAUGAGGAAAGAGCGCAGCAGAGGAUGAGAGACAAGGAGGUAAGAGCGCAGCAGAGGAUGAGAGACAAUGAGGAUAGAGCGCAGCAGAGGAUGAGAGACAAUGAGGAAAGAGCGCAGCAGAGGAUGAGAGACAAUGAGGAAAGAGCGCAGCAGAGGAUGAGAGACAAUGAGGAAAGAGCGCAGCAGAGGAUGAGAGACAAUGAGGAAAGAGCGCAGCAGAGGAUGAGAGACAAUGAGGAAAGAGCGCAGCAGAGGAUGAGAGACAAUGAGGAAAGAGCGCAGCAGAGGAUGAGAGACAAGGAGGUAAGAGCGCAGCAGAGGAUGAGAGACAAUGAGGAUAGAGCGCAGCAGAGGAUGAGAGACAAUGAGGAUAGAGCGCAGCAGAGGAUGAGAGACAAUGAGGAUAGAGCGCAGCAGAGGAUGAGAGACAAUGAGGAAAGAGCGGCAGAAGAAGAGAUGAGGAGGUAAGAGAGCAGCAGAGGAUGAGAGACUGAGGAAAGAGCGGCAGAAGAAGAGAUGAGGAGGUGAGAGAGCAGCAGAAUGAGAGGUGGUGGAGGUGAUACAGGCCAUGCACUGGGGGUUUGGUUACAGGCAUGCUACGGAGCAGUCUCGUUAGUCUCCAUGGCUUCUCGUGGUUAGAGUCUUCACCUCUAAGGCUUAUUUCACACGAGCGAUAUGGAGUCAGGAUCUGUUCAGGGAAAAACUGUUUCUCACAGUUCUGAUAGAGACUUACUUCCUGUAUUUGCGUCCCACCGCCGACUUCCGGUUUUCAGCGCGCGGGUAUUUAGAGUGACGCUGAUUGCAUCCUGACAUGGACAGUCUUUUGAAUGCACGGUGUGUUUUACCUACAUACAUCACAUUGCACGUGCGUUUACAGAGAUAUAUUACACCCUCAGUAUUGCAGUUAGCAGAAGAGCGGGUAUGGUAUACCGUGUCCACCAGAAUCGGAGAAUUGAGACCCUCUAACGAUGAACUGACAAGCUUUACAGUGGCCGCAAUCCCUCGUACAGUUCCUCCGUAUUCUGAGGAAGUGUCCCUUUGGAUCCCCUUCUUCAGUGGGGUGGGAUGAAAACUC